UCAAAGUGCAGGUGAGAGUGGCUACACCACAAAAACACAGUCACUCUCCAUGUGUUUCUGCUUAGGACACUCUCCCCAUCUGAACUUCCAGGACCACCAGCUCAGAGUGUCUAUCUCUCCUACCGUACAAAACCUCCAGUAUGUUUUACAGGGCGCCCCUCUCCCUGCUAUUGAUUCUGGGCCUCUGCAUCCAUGGAGCGUCCAGCCAAGAGGUCGACGCCCCGCCACCAGAGGCAGGACAAGCUGAUCCACAGGCUGAGGAAGAGGACUCUGAUUGGGGCCUGAACUCCCUGAGGGGCAGCUUUGAGGCAGUCAAUGGAUACUUUGAUUCGAUGCUGGAGCUAUUGGGGGGACGAGAUGGAGUGUGCCAGUACCGCUGUCGCUUUGGCAAAGCUCCUGUCCCUCGACCAGACUAUCAGAUGCCGGAGCCGAACGGGUGCAGCUCUUACUUCAUGGGCCUCCCUGUGCCUAAUGGGGUGGAUCUGGGCAUCCCUGCCAUGACCAAGUGCUGUAAUCAGCUGGACAUGUGUUACGACACCUGCGGCUCCAACAAGUACCGCUGCGACUCCAAGUUCCGCUUCUGCCUCCACAGCAUCUGCUCAGACCUCAAGAAAAGCCUCGGUUUCGUGUCAAAGGUCGCAGCCUGCGAGGCGGUGGCAGACACCCUGUUCAACACGGUGUGGACUCUGGGCUGUAGACCCUACAUGAACAGCCAGCGGGAAGCCUGCCUGUGUGGGGGAGAGGAGCGGGACGAACUCUGAACACCGCUGCCAUC